CGUGCCAUCGCUAAUGUGUUUGAAAACACGCUGCCGUGGAAAACGUGCUCCAUUAUUUGACUCCAAGCUCCAGAACUAUAUUAAUUAAGUUAAAUUAGCAACGAAACUAUGAAGAUCAAGGCGGCUAAGAGCCUUACCAAUGGCGUGACGGGCAAGACAAAGGACAAGGCAGAGCGGAAAAGACCAAAACCUGUCAAGUCCGAGGAGGAUGGCGGAGAACCUGAGCACCCGGCCAAGGUAGCCAAGUUGUCAAAGGACAAGAAAAAGAAGAAGCCUUCAGAGGAGCCUGAGAUGGAGAAGGAGAACAACACGCCCAACAAUGGCCUCAAGCUGUCCGAUAUCAACAAAGCCGUGUUUCCAGUGUUCAAGCGUCUUCAGAACAGCACGCUCUCCCAGAAGACGAUUAAUUCGUUGGUGGUCCUGCUCCGGGAUGACACCAAUGACCAACAGCGCACGGCCACAUGUUGUUAUGUAUUGAAGCGCUUGAUCCGUUCCACGGGAGCCGAUGACCUGGAGGCAGUGGCUCUAGCAUCCAGCUACAUCCUGUGUAUUCUCACCGCCGUGCCUGGACUGGAUGCCAUGGAGGUGCUAAAUAUUUUGAAGAGGGAUCUUGCCGUUGGAAGCCAGCAGAAGGGCAAGGAAGACUCUUUGGCCGCCGUGGGUCAGUUGGUCACUGCUGUGUGCAUUCUGCAGACGCCACAGUUUGCCGAGGCUUCGCCCAAACUGGUGGCAGCGGUCUACCAGAUACUGGCGGCUCAUCUCAAAGGCCGCGAGUAUCUGGUCUCCAUGUGCGUAGACAUUCUGGUGGAAUCUUUCAAACAGCUGCCCGUUGCCACAUUCGAAGAGUACGUGUGGCCAUUGUUAAAGCCGCAUUUGGACAAGCCCCUAGGCAGCGGCCUCAAGUUGAACACAUGUGACCUCCUGUUGACCGUGCACUUGACCUAUCCCUCGAUUUUGGGACGCCAGCAGUUGCUGGCCAGCCUGUGGCCCAAGAAACCACAGUUUGGGCAGCUCUUUGAGCUCUAUCUCGCGGGCUCGACCAUCCACAAUGAUGGCGUCUAUGCAAGAUUGGCAAAAUUUCUGGCAGCCGGCGGCAAGGACUUACUCUCCUCGUGGCAGCAGUUUGCCGACUCCAAACAGCCGCUGAAACUCAAUGCAGCCAAGGCGUGUGUGCUCCAAGUACUGGGCAACAUACUGCUCAGCUACAAAGACAAGGACGAACAGCCAUUGUUGGAUCUAUUUACGCCCACCUGCCUGAAGUUCCUCCUGCAGGAAUUGUCAUCCGUGAAAGCGGACAGAAGCGAGGCCCGGAAGCCGUCGCAAAAGGAACUGCGUGAGAUUUGCUUCAAGUUCGAGGGUUCCCUGGUUAUAAGCUACGAAAAACAGUUGCAGAAUGGAGACAUCAAGCUGCAGUUGCUCCUCAAGUUUUUGGAACAGAGGCUACAGUUUGACUCGCUGAUAAAUAUGCCACGCUUCACCCAGCAGUUGAUCAACCAAUUGGACGCCGCGGGUCUGCAGAAGCUCUACGAUCACUACAGCAAUCUGCUAGGCUCUCUUGAGGACGACGACCGGGUUAGCCGUGAGCACUGUCUCAACCAGAUGCAGUUCAUCCUGCAGCACACCAAACUGGACCAGGAGACCAAGUGGCGUCAGAAGCAGUUGCGUCACUUGAUGCUCGCCGGACUGUUCCAUUUGGAUGCUAGUCACGAACCGUGUGUGCCCAGCCAGGCCAGCUCCUUUAGCCGCCAGAGCUCCGCCCGCUGCGAGGAGAUCUUCAUGGGUUCCCUGCUACACAAGUGUUCCGGCCUAACAGCCUUGUGUCAGCUGCUCCAAAAGCACUUGGGUUAUCUCAACAAGCAACUGACCAAGCCGGAAACCGAGAACAAAUUGCGUUCACCAAGGGAAGAGGCUCUGCAGAAGGCUUGGAAGCAGGUGGAUAAACUGUUAGCAAAUCCCACUGACGAGACGGACAUUGUGGGUCAAACAUUCGAGGCUCUUAUCUUGUUUGUAUCGCUGGCGCUGUGUACGAAGAGUCCUCUGCCGGUAUCUGUAGUGGAGGAUCUGAUCAUCUGCCGGAAGAAUGCUCUGGAGAAGGGAAAGAAGAAGAAGAAGGCCGAUGACGGCGAGGAACUCCAGUGGCAGGAUGUACUGACAGACGUGCUGCUGCAGUUGCUGCUCCAAACUGGUCACUACUGGCGGGAGCUGGUCAACCUGGUGGCCAUUCCCCUGAUUCCCCACUUGGAGCACGGUAACCUCGAGCAGAUCCUUCAAGUGCUCAACAUGAACAUGAAUCCGCUGAGCAAGAAGGACGAAGCAGAAGAGGACAGCGACGAGGAAAUGGAAGAGGAGCAGGAGGCAGAGGCUGACUCCAGCGAUGAAUCCGACGGGGAAGAUGAAGAGGAAGACGAGGAGGAAGAUGACGAUGAGGAUGAUGAGGAGUCCCGUCUGGACCAAAUCCGAGAACGCGUUCGCCUAGCUCUGAUCGACAAUGGCGAGGCCGAUGAUGAUGACGCCAGCAGUGUGGAUUGGAAUGAUGUCAGCGAGGAGAAGGGCCAGCGCCUGAACGCUGCCUUGGAGAAUGCCUUCCAGUUGCGUAGACCCAGGUCGGCCAAACUGCAGGCCAAGCAAUUGCCCACGAAAUCGGAACGCAUCGACAGCACCAGCCUGCUGCACUUCCGCAUUCGCGCCUUGGAUCUGGUGGAGCUCUAUGUCACCGAAAAGCCCACGCAGGCGGUGGUCUUGGACGCUCUGAUCUGUGUCUUCCAGGUGUAUCGUCACUCUUGCGCGGAUACCAAACUGCAGUCGCUGCGGGAAGCCAGCACUAAGUUGCUUAAGAAGCUUCUAACCAAGAACAUUUCCUUUGAACCCAACCAGGACAAGACUCCCAUUCUGGAGGACAUUGAGCAGCUGCUCUCCAUUGGCGAGGAGGAACAGCCGGAUGAGGAGGCAGAAGAGAAACCUGGCAAGCAGCAGCCCACUCGCAAGGCCAAGGGCGAGGUCACACUCUGGCGAAACAAGUGCUUCGCCUACCUGGUAGUUCAGGCUUCGGGCGCUGACAAUCCCAAGGACAGUGUCGUGUGGCCUCUGCUGGUGAAACUUUUGGAGCUGUGGGUAGCCAACCGGCGAACAACCCUCUCCUUAGUCAGCUUCGAGGCUCUCUUUCAGGCCGAAAACUGGCGGGGAGUGGCUCCGCUGGCCGCGCUUCUGGCCUCCCACUUGAACGUAAAGAAGACGCGUAGCUUCCGACGGGCGCAAAUCUUGAAUCUACUCGGUGAGCAGUUCCGACGACUCGAAGCCGCCUUCAAGGAUAAUAACGCGUCUUCAAAGGACUUCGAAAAGCAACUGGCCAGCUAUGUGACGCAACUGGAGGCGGAGGCCAGCAGCAGUAGUCCCAAGGAGCUCAAGCUGCUGCAAAAGAUUCUGGCUCAGGGCGGUAAAAAGCGAGCGCAGCUGCUUGAAAAGAUCCAAGCGUUGGCCAAGAAGCCGCAAUAAAAGAAGUCAGUGAAAAGGUAGCCCAACUUUACAAAGCUGAAACAAUAUUGAGGUUUAAAGAUAUCAAUUUGAGUUUUUUUACAAUUGUUUUCCAGCUUAACAGGUUCAGAUAAUGAUGCUUUCAAAAGUAAUCUUAGGUUCUUCGUUCAUAGAAAUAAUGUAUAAAUAAAUACUGUUGAAUACUAAA